ACCUGCUCACUCUCUGUCUUCGAUGGUCAAUACGAUUACUUUAAAGCAGGUCUCGACUUGAAGGACAAAGUGAAUAUCCUCCAGAUCCUCAAACAGGAAGGGAUUAACCCCGAUGGGCAGUACUACAGCUCGGAGAGAAUCACACGAGUCCUUCAGAUAGCAACUGGAGUAACUCCUGCACUUGCAUGCACUGUUGAUAAGUUUGGCAAAUAUCAGCUCCACCAAGUUAUGUUUUGCGUGGAUAAAUCUGGGUCUGAAUUCAUGGAUUGCCCCGUCUACCYUGAGCCCACCUGUCCUUCGAUCAUUAGGUUUCCACCUUUCAGAGGAUCAGCCGCUGAAGGGAUCUACCUUCCUUACUAGUUCCUAAACUGUUGCUUUACUCUAAUAAAUAAUUCACCGUUUUUCUGGUGAAAGUGAAAUGUAGCUCGAAUAAUAAAAUAUGGAUAUGAUCCAUGUAUCUCUAUGUUGCAUGCCUAUCAAAAA